UAAAUAUUCUCAGUCCUCUUCACUCUCCUUGCCGUCUAAUUUAUGAAAUCAAUCUCUCUCUUUUGGAAAAAUCUAGAAACGGUGGAAAAUGAAACGGCAGAGGGACGAGGAAAAUGCCAUUGUGAGAGGUGGAGAAUCUGAAGGGAGGAUAGCGGCAAUGGCGACGGCCGUGCCUCAGAAGAAAAACAAGAGCGCUGUGGAGAUCAGCAAGGUGGACGGGAAGGAAGAGACGGACUCAUCAUCAAUGAAGAAGGAGAAUGUGAAGUGGUGGGAGGAGUGUUGGCCAUGGAUGAACGGCAUGGCGGAUGAGCAAAUGUGGUGGGGGUACGUGUGGUCACCGUUUUGGGAUUUUGAUUUUGUUGACAAGGCGUAUGAUAAUCCUCAUCAACUUGGUGAUAUCGUUUGGGAUGAUGAUAUCUGGAACUUGAAGCGUACCAUUCUCAAAUAAGCUGGUUCCAUGGCUAGCCUUUAGAAAUAUGGUAAGUAGAAGAAAGAGAAAGAGAAAGAGAGUUAAUGAAACCCGUUUGCCCGUUUGUACUAAGUGUAAAAUGUUCAAAAGGAGUAAUGCAUGUUUAAUACAUCAUGAGUUAUGUC